AAGGUUAACAGAGACAAGUGUCGUGACGACUGGCGGGCACACGUGGCAACCCUGCUGGCCUGUCACGUAACGGGGCCACACACUCUCCUCUCGUCAUCAGUGUAGUGCUGGUGACGAUGGGUGCAGUUCUCUUUUUUGUUAUUUUUCGUGGGUGCUGACCAAGGGCCGCGUGUGCAUCACGGCGCCAGGUGUGUAAGUCGAUUUCAGGCGUCAGGAAAAACACGAGCUCCUCUUUGGCAUCUCGCUUAUAUCUGUACCAGCUGUGGUGGUGGCGCGGGGCAGCGGGGCAGUGGCACUCCCUACCCUCGCGCCGCCGUGACCCGCCACCCUCGCCUCGCCACGACAUUCCUCAGUAAGGUGACUUCCGACGUGGUGCGAGUUACUAUGAGUGAGUGAGCGACGCGUUACUUUGCUGCUGAUGGUGCAGUGAUGAGGACUCUCUCUGUGCGCCUCCUGGUGGCCACCCUCAGCCUGGCGGGGCAGGCCGCCGGGGCGCUGAAUGAGGACGGCAACCAGCUGUGGGCGGUGGAGCUGCUCACGACGGACGAGGCGGUGGCGAGGAGCGUCGCGGCGGACCUCGGCUUGGCGGUGACGGGGCGAGUGUUUAAUAAUGUUUUCCUUAUGCGUGGGGGCGGGGGCGGUGGCCAGAACAAUGCCUUGCCGAAGUCAGUGAAAGAGGGAUUGAUUCACCGCCUCAUCGUGUGGUCUGAGAGACAAAUUGGACGUCGACGAAGUUCCGGCGGCCGGAAAACUGAGCCCGUGCGGGUCGACACCAACCAGGUGGGCGAGAGUGGUGAUGGCGACGACGCGUACUUUAUGAGGCUGGCGAGCCGCUACGCACGGGACGUGGGCGGCCUGGACCGCACGCCCCCCAAGUCCCCGUGGGACCUGCUGGCAACGAAAGACCCGCUGCGGUGGCGGCAGUGGUACCUGGAGCCGGGCGGCGGCAUGCACCUCAACGUGACGGGGCUGUGGGAGGCCGGCAUCAAAGGCGGUGGCGUGAGCGUGGCGGUGCUGGACGAUGGGGUGGAGCUCACUCAUCUGGAUCUGGCCCUCAACUAUGACCCGGCGGCCUCGUGGGACCUGCUGGACGCUGACCCGGACCCGACGCCGGUGCCGUGGUCGCGACAUGGCACGCAGCUGGCGGGUAUCAUUGCCGCCGCCCACCACAACGGUCUGUGCGGCAUGGGCGUGGCGCCGUGGUCGGGCGUGGGGGCCAUCAGGAUGCUUGGCUACGUGGUGUGGGAUGCCACGGAGGCGGCCGCCCUAGCCUAUGAGCGUGAACACGUGGACGUGUACGUGGCGGCCUGGGGGCCCGUGGACACCGGCACGGUGAUGGAGGGCCCCGGAGUGUUGGCCUCGCGGGCCCUGGCAGAGGGCAUCGCGCUAGGUCGAGGCGGCCGGGGGUCCAUCUACAUCUGGGCGUCGGGGAACGGCGGUUUCGUCGGCGAUGACUGCAACGCGGAUGGUUACUCCAACUCCCCGUACACCCUGACCGUGAGCGGCAGCACGCGCGCCGGACACGCGCCAGACUACGCCGAGACCUGCGCAGCGACCUUCGUGUCGACAUACAGUGGCGACGCUGACAAGGAGUACGACCCAGAGGAGGAGGAGGAGGAGCAAGUGAAUGGCAUUGUGACCACCGACACAGGCGGUGUGUGCACAGAGUCGUUCCGCGGGUCGUCGGUGUCGGCGGCCAUGGUGGCGGGCGUGUGUGCCCUGGCCAUUGACAUGAACCCAGAGUUGACGUGGCGCGACAUGCAGCACCUGAUGGUGCGAGCGGCGGCUCCGCACAACCCACUCCCGAGCCAGUGGAGCACCAACGGCGUCGGCACCAGGUACUCCCAUUACUUCGGCUUUGGUUCCCUCGACGCCGGAAAAAUGGUGGAGUUGGCACGCGGCUGGAGACAAGUCCCACCGGCUUUCCGCUGCCGCCUGCAUGCUGCCCUGCACGACCUGCCGCUGGAGUCGGGCGUACCCCUCGUGUUGCCCCUCAGCACCUGUGGCUGUCAGGUGGUGCAGGUGGAACACGUGCAGGUGAAUGCGUCGGUGAGUGUCCGGAGCCGCGGCCAGGUGGAGCUGGUGCUGGAGUCUCCGUUAGGGACUAAGUCGACGCUGCUGCCCCGACGGCCACUCGACCUCUCGCCGUACGGCAUCCACAAUCACCCUAUGCUGACCGUCCACAUGUGGGGUGAAGACCCACGCGGCACCUGGAGGCUGCACGUCACCUACCACGGCGACGGCGUCCUCCAGAACUUUGGCGGCAAGCGUUUCGUGAACAUCACCAACACAUUUCACAACUGGACGCUGAUCAUCCAUGGCACGGAGGUACCUGUCGACAGGGCUGAGCCUCAACACUACCACUACAACGCCUCGCAGCUCGCGUUGCUACGGCGCGACGCUGGCUACAACAUGACGUUGCCGACGGACGUUACAAGACUAGAAAUCUCCAAAGAAGAGGCGGAAGAGGCAGUGAGGCUCGAGACUCAACACUGGAGUUCUCCUAUCAUGCCCGGAGGUAAAGUACUGUCUUAUUUAUUCUGUCUCGUGCACGCAGCCGUCCCCUCGGCUGUACGUAGCGUCAUGUGGUACAAGAGUGAUGGGGCGGCCGUGGACAAUGUGUUGCGUCGCCUUACGGGCCGGAGGCCUCAGACGGCACGGUACCCGAGUCUGCUGCUGGUACGGGAGGUGACGACGCCCGACGGAAACUUCACGUGCCGGGUAAAUCACCGCGGCGAGGAGCUGCACAGGACAAUCAAGGUGACGGGCGGCCACUCAAGCGUGCCCGAACUGGCCGAGAAGACGCAGGUGUCGUUGGAGGGAGGGACGGCCUUGCUCCCCUGUCCCGGUCUUGCCCCCAUCCUGCGGGCCACCUGGGUGUUCGAGGGCCGGCAGUUGAGGUCAGGCGGGCGGGUGGCGGUCGGCGAGAGGCAGCUGGUCAUCAGGGACGUGAGGGAGGCUGACUUCGGGGAGUAUCGGUGUCAGGUGAGGUCUGACAGGCUCCACUAUAACUACACGACGCUGGUGACGCUGCUGCCGGCCCGAGGACCCACCACCCUCACCACCCACUACACCCUCGCCGCCCACCCGCCACCCAUACCCCAAAGAGUCACACCAUGUAAUCAAAGUUCCCUUCAGCAGGAUGGCGAGGACGGGGCAACCUCAGCACCAAUAGUAGAGCCGAAGAUAGUCUGCCCCCCUCCCUUUGAGACGAUGGAGGGUCACUGUGUGCUGGUGGCCCCGGGGGAGGCGAGGUCGUGGCACCAGGCGAGGUCACAGUGCCAGGGCUUCGAGGGUGACCUGCUGGUGAUCGAGAACGCUGCCCUGUUGCUGGCGAUGAUGCGACUCUUCCACACUCAAGGCCUCACAAAGACGUCCUUCUGGGUGGGUGGUGAGCAGCAUAGCGACGGGUGGCGGUGGGUGAACGGCGCCCCCCUGGAACCCGGCAGCCCCCUGUGGUACCCCUCCCCCAGCGGCGGCCCCAAGAAGGUGCCCCCCCCAAGGCCCCAGCGACGCCCCCCUCCCUCCCGCAGGUCAACAGAGCCACGAAGCUCCUCCAAGUCUCGGUCUCGUCGGCCAAACAAGAGGAGGAAAGGAUCGUCCUGGAGCCUCCCGUCCACGGUCAGGCAGCGAGGGACACGCAGCCUCAGCCCCCGACAGGCAGCCACUGGCCGUCCACACGCCUCUGACGUGGCCCCAGAGCGACCGUGGCCAUCCAUGCAGCCAUAUAGUGAGCGGCGAGGCGUCCAGCACCUUCUGCUGAUGAGCCACCAGGAGGAAGCGACAGAGGGGCGCGGCGGUCAAUUUCGGAGCUCCGAGACAAAAGAAAGGGAGGCACCAGACAGGCGACGAGCAGGAGUGGGCGUGGACCUCAGCAGAGGGGAGAGCCACGGAGCCGGCCGACAGGAGCAGCAGCAGCAGCAUGACGCCCCUAGGAGUCCGCCGAGGCAGGUACCCAGCCAAAAACCUUACAGGCGCGCGGGGCGGGUCAGCGACGCCACACCCGUCGCGGCACCACCCCGCCACAGAGCCGCCUGCCUCUGGGCCAGACUGCGGCACUUCCUCGUCUCGUGCUGGGCAGAGGCUCGGCUGCGGGCGCUAUGCCAGUACCGGCCAGGGGCGGCGCCCCCCCGGGAACACAGCCCCUCCUGAGGCUGCAUCGCCCGAUCACGGACAUUACUGUAGUCACAGUGGAUCACAAUGUGUCUGUUGUCGCUUGGGAACAAACAGCUCCUUUGUGAGCACAAGACAGUGAUGGUAGAGCAAGAUAGCGUUUAUUGCCACCUGAGUAUGCCAUGCGUUGUGAAGCUCAUCUCUCUCGACACGGAAAAGUUAUGCUUACAUAGAUAAUACCAAGUGGCUGCACGGCUGCCUCCGAGACAAAGCAACGCCACAACAAUAGACAACACACAUAAACACAACCAAGGAAAAAUAACCUUACACAAAGCUGACAAAAAAAAAGCGCUUUCCUCCAGGCAGAGAAACAGGAGAGAGAGUGAGAGAGGGCGAGGAGAUUCGUGAAGCGAGAUCAGACGUGCGUGCUCUCGUACUUGAGGAGGAGGAGGAGGAGGAGACAGAGGAGGAGGAGGAGGAUAAGGAGGAGGAGGAUAAGGAGGAGGAGGCAGGAGGAGGAGGAGGCAGGACGGAGGUAGGAGGGGGCAGCAGGCAAGUGACGUCCCUCUCAUGUGCCUCCCAAGGGCGCGUCGCAGAGCAAAUCUUGAAAGCAAAUCCGGAAAGCACUUAGGAGCGGGCCCCGAGACGCCGAGAUUUCUGUUACGGGACAAAUAUAAUAAACGAGCAAAGGAAAAA